AUGGUUGGUGUCAGUGUGGCUGUUUACACACAUUCUGUUCCAGAAAGGAGACUUCCACUCCCGCAGGUCUCCCAGAAUCUCCAGACCAAGGGACUCUCCACAACAAUAAUGCUCCAGCCUUGCUGCCUUUGAGGAGUUUGGGUACCAAUAACCAAGGUAGCCUGUAACCAAGGUAGCCUGGAAACAAGGUAGCCUGUAGCCAAGGUAGCCUGGAACCAAGGUAGCCUGGCUUCUGGAAUGGAUGACAGUCCUUCUCCAGGGGUUACUUGCCUCAGCUCUGGUCAUUAUGUCAUACCCUCUCUAGAGAGUCGUUCGUUUUGGAGCAGGAGAGCUGAGAUUUGGGUAGGACUGUCAUUCAUUCAGCAAAUGGCUCCCGUUACAUGAGCCCAUGACAAGGGGCUCCCUAAUGCUGAAUUUAGGGUCACACCUUGGCUUAUCAUUCAGUUAUUUUGACAGGUAAGGCUUCAAAGAUGGAGGCUAGAUAUGGUAGUGCAUGCUUACAGUCCUAGCCUGUAGAAGGCUGAGGUGGGAGGACUGCUUCAAGUUUGAGGCUAGGCCACAUAAAAUGGCCCUGCCUCAAUAUAAAUGCAAAGGACAAAGGAGUAGAGAGAUGGCUCAGUAGUUAAAAGUGUUUGUCUUGCAGAGGACCCUGGCUUAGUUCACAGCGUCUACAUGACAACUCACCAUCUAUUACUGAAGUUCCAGGGUGUCUGUCACCCUCUUUUGUCUAAUACAGGCACCACACACACACACACACACACACACACACACACACACGGUGCACAAACCUACAUGUAGACAAAACAUACUUGUAUCAAAAAAAAUUUUUUAAGCCGAUCAAGCCUGGGCUAGACCACCAUCUGAUACCUUGAUACAGUCGACAUCAAAAUGACUCGCAUUGUAACCACACUGACUCCAGGAGCAGAGGCUGACUGGCUUCUUUGCAGUUUAUUGACCAGUUUACCUCUGUUAGUACCAAAGUCUUCUCCCUUUCGCACUCCCCAUUUUAUUUUGGGGAGUGAGGACUUGAAAACAGAUCUGUGUGCUUGCUAAGCACACCAAACCUAGCUCUUUACCCUUCCAAAGGUCCUUUCCCACUUGAUGAGGAAAUAUUAUAUUUUAAUAAAAUUAUGAGGAACUUUCACAUGAUAGACAAAAGUUUCAUAGUAAAGUUUUGUUUUGUUUUCUUGAGAUAUAGGGUCUCAUUAUAUAGCCCUGGCUGGUUGGGAACUCACUAUGUAGACCAGGCUAGUCCCAAACUCAACAGCACUCUGCCUGCUUCUACCUCUGGGCUGCCAGGAUUAAGGGCACGCACAAUUAGCCAAGCCGUAGUAAGUUUUAGUAAGACCUGCUGCAGCCGGGACUUACCUGCCUGUCUCCAGGCAUGGCUGCUGCUCAGUGGGCUGUGGUCCUUCCCAACAGGUUUGUCUCCGUGUACGAUUUGUAGAUAUGUGUGAUUUUUAAAAUCUAAAUUUGGGGUUGCAUAGCUGCCGAGUGACUUCUCUCACCAGUGAGGUGUUGGUGGCACUUCUGUUGGCGGCCGAGGAUUUCAUCCCCUCACUGUCAUGUGUCAUUCAUACCAUGGAUGCUGUGUAGCAGGCCCACUGCCUUCCUGAGGUGAGCUGUGGGUGUGCCUAGCAGCAGCUGUACAUACAGCUUUGUCAAAUGACCUCAGGCUGGCCCUGUAGGAGACACUCCUGAGGCUAGACUGCUCUGCACAGUGGGUUAAUUAUGUUUUGAGGUAGUUCUUGCCAUGAUGCACAGGUGGGGCUCAGACUAGCGAUCCUCUUGCCUCGUCCCCACUGCUGGGGUAGCAGACACUCGCCACCAUUCCCAAGCACACUUUUAUUUUCAAAGUGUAAAAUGUUCACAUUCAAAGUCACAAAUGGUCUGUGUCCAUCACUCUUUGGUUCCUCAGCCACUUUGGUCCCAGUCAGUUGCUUUCUGUUACUGGAGCUACUCAGACUGUCACCACACCAGCAACUCCCUAUUGUUAGGUCUCAGGCCCUUCAUAUCUCUAGAAAUGUACAGGACUGUAGAAGGACACCCUCAAAGGUUGUCCCUCCUCACAGCUGCUCAAGCUACUUAGAACCCCCGAUGUGUGUUCUCAGUAUCUAUCUCUGCUCUCUGGGGCACCGUGGAUAUCCAGUCUCUCUCUCCCCUCUCCCUCUCCCCUCUCCCCCUCCCCCUUCUCUCCCCUCUCUCCCUCUCUUCCCCUCCCCCUUCCCCUCUCCCUCCUCCUCCCCCUCUCCCUCUCUUCUCCUCUCUUUAUCUCCCUCCCUCCCCCUCAUUCUCUCCUGCUUCCUGCUUCCUGCUUCCCUAGCCCAUGACCACAUUCAGUCUGCUUUCAUUUCUCUCCGCUCUGGACUCUUCCAAAUGCUUUUGGAUAGCCUUUAAUGGAGGGGUUACCUCAGCAGUCUCGUGCCCCACAUAUACUCAUGACCAUGUCAGGCCUGGGCUACAGUGUCUGGUUUCCCUUUCCCGUCUUCCAGUUACCCUUAUUUAUAGCAGGUAGCAGCUCAGACCUACAAUGCUCCCAGUUCCCCCAGUCUCAGCCUUGCUUCGUGCUUUGCAUGGGCAGCAUCUGACCGAGGGAAUCCGUGAUCUAGGCUCUAAACUGGGUUUUUUCCCUCUUCAGUUUUGUGUGGCUUUAUUGUUAUUUACAUCAGAGAAGUGAAAUGUGAAUCCGCAGUGGCAUUUUGGAAAUCUCAGUUUGAUUUCUUUUGGCUUUGUUUUAAUUUUUCUGGGCAUGAGGGUGGGGGUUGCACGUGAGGAGUGGGGUGCACAUGCCGAGGCCAGAGCAAGUGUCUUCCUCUGCAGCUCCCCACAGUUACUGGUUUGAGACAGUGUCAUAAAGCCAGAAGCUGUUUUAGCUGAGCAGAUUGGCCAGCAAGCUCCCAGGAUCUGCCUAUGUCUAUGUCUCAGUGCUGGGGUCACAGUUAUGGAUGGCCUUCUUGCUUUUUGCAUGGGUGCUGGACAUUCAUGCACAGGUGUGGCGGUCAGAGGACAACUUGCAGGAAUCAAUUUUCUCUUUCCAGUAGGUGGGUUCUGGGGAAUCAAAUCAAAUCAAAAUCAGUCUUGGUGGCAAGUGCCUUUACCUCCUGCUCCACUUUUGCAAUUCCAUACAGAGUCUCUGGUAUCCCAGGCUGGCCUUGAACUUGCUAUAGUGCUGAGAACGACCUUGAUCUUGGUAGGUUUCCCUCCCUCCACUUCCAAGUGCUGGGAUUGCACAGGCACACAACCAGGUCUGGUUUAUGGAGGCUGGGGGCUCAACUCUGGGCUUUGUGAAUAACAGACAAACACAGUAUCAAUUGAGCUACGUCCUCGGCUCCCAUUUGAAUACCUUCUUUGUAGCAAUAAGGACAUUAUGUCAAAUGACACAAGCGAACCACAGGAAAAAAAAACAUGAAGGUGUCAUUUAUAUGAAGUGGUCAGAACAGCAGAUAAAUAGUGGACAGAGAGCGCUGAGAGAAGCAAGAUGGCGGACAUUCUGGAUCUUUACAAGGCAGGGGGCGAGGAUUUCACCACCAACAAGGAUGGGGACAAAAACAUCCACAAACUAAAAGAAAAAGCAAAGAAAAGGAAGGGCUGUGGUUUUGGCUCUGAGGAGUCCCAAGCACGGAUGCAGGGGGAUUAUGACAGUGUGGAGCAGGAUGGCGAUGAACCUGGACCACAGCGCUCUGUUGAAGGUUGGAUUCUCUUUGUCACUGGAGUCCACGAAGAAACCACUGAAGAAGAUUUUCAUGGCAAAUUCGCUGAAUAUGGGGAAAUAAAAUAUAUCCACCUUAAUUUGGACAGGCGCACAGGACACUAGUUUGAGUAGGACAAAGAGGCUCAGGUUGCCAUGGAGGGACUAAAUGGUCAAGAUUUGAUGAGACAGCCAAUCAGUGUCAACUGGCAUUUUGUUCAUGGUCCACCAAAAGGCAAGAGGAGAGAUGGCCAAAGAUGACGGACCGGAAACGCCAUUGAUAAAUCCUCUCUUGACCAGGUGUUCUCUGAGUCCAUUUGGUUAUGCUGCCUUGGAUAAACGGACUAGGGUGGACCUUGUGUUUAUAUUUAAUUUCUUACUCUAUCUACUUGGUAUUGCUUUUGAGUUUCAGAAAAAAAAUAAAUGUGCCAUUUUGUUUUCUACAUUUAAAACUUUAAAAAAAAAAUGUUUGCCAGGAGUGGGGGAGGGGGGAUUGCUGUCUACUGGAUAUAAAUUUCAGGGGUUUUUUUCUUUCAUAUUUGUUUAGUUUUGGGUUUUUUUUUUCUUUUCUCUUCUUGUUCUUGGGUUUUUAUUUUGAGACUUCAAACAUGAGAACAUAGUCUCAUUACUUUCCCUCCCACUCCCCCAGUGAUCCCGCCUCAAAUCCAUUCUUCAUUGUCAUUGUCACAUACACAUACACUGAGUGUGUGCACUCAGGGGACUACAGCAGAAGGACUACUAGGGCUUAUGGUUAGUCUAGACUAUAGUCCAAUGCUGCGUGGGGCCGCAUAGCAGGCAUCUGUCUCAAAAUGUCAACAAUAAAAAGAGCAGGUGUGCCUGGAUGAACCUGUAAUUCCGUCAGAAGUUAAGAGCAUCUUCAGCUAGACUUGAAGGCUAGCCUGUGCUACAUGAGACCUGCCUCAACAAACAGCAAAAACCAGGGAAUCUUUCAUUUUGGUUUCCCAAUAACAUCAUUCUCAUUGUCAGACAUUAGGAACCCCUACUGCCUGCGGCUGCUUACCCAGGGGUGUCUUUUAAACACCUCUCUUUACAUUUGUGAUACACUGAUUGAUUGGGGAGGGGUGCGUGCCGUAGCACACAUGUGGAGAUCAGAGGGCAGCUUGUAGGAGCCAGUUCAGUUCUCCUACUUAUGGGUACUUAGGGGUAGAGCUCAGCUCAACAGGCUUGGUAGAUAAUGGCUGGUUUUGUUUUUUUUUAUCAACUUGGCAUGAACUUGGACACACCUGGGAAAAGAGUAAGGCUUGAGAAAAUGCCUCCACAGGUAAGAUUGGGCAAGUCUGUGGGGUAUUUUCUUGAUUAAUGACUGAUGUGGGAGGGUCCAGCCCGUCAUGAACAGUGUGACCCUUGGGCAGGUGGCCCUGGACAAUAUAAGAAAACAGACUGACCAUGUGUUCCUUCAGGACCUCUAGUCUUGAUUUCAGGUUCCUGCCUUGAGUUCCUGUCGAGUUCCUGCCCUGACUUCCCUCAGUGAUGGAAUGCAGCUUGAGAGUUGUAAGCUGAAAUUAACUUCCUUCAAGUUGCUUUCAGCCAUUGCGUUUUAUUAUGAUAGAGACCCUAACUAAGGUGGUGCCUUUACCCCCUAAGCCAUAUCCCUGGACUUCUGCCGAUGUACCCCUGGGAUAGGCAGACUUGUUAGUGGCCCUCAAUGUUCCCUUCCAGCUUUGUGAAAUGACUUUUUCCUUGGGUGUGGACUCAUUUAGCAUCGAGCAUGGUUAGUUUCCAACCCACACACCAUGGUAACAGUAAUGGGAUGUCCUGGCUGUGAUUAAACUGCAGACACCUGCGGCCUACUUUCCAGCCGAUCCUCAUUGCCUUCCCAGCACGUGCACUCUGAGAAUGAGGCUGGUGCAGUGGAGUACCCUCGUGGAGGGCAGAUUCCUGUCAACUAGCUAGCAAACGAGGAUGUCCAGGAGCCCAUGAGGCCUUGGAUCCCGCUAAUGUCACAUGAAUGUGUAACGGGUUCCUUUGCCCCUUGAUCCUUCUGAUGCAAACAGCUGGAUUGCAGCCUGUGACAACUCUGAGCAGAGGCUCCAGGUAAGCUGUGGCUGGAGCUGCCGACCCACAACAGCUGGGAGAUGGGAAAGACGUGCUGUUUUGAGCAGCUGUAAUCAUAGGGUAACGUCGUUCCGCUUCUAUACUCAGUCGGACCAAGCGGGUUUCUAUCACCUUCGCUUCUGCUGCCUGGUACCUGAACAUGGCCAGGGUUCUUUGUAAGUUUAAGACUCAUGGUGUGCAGAAAACAUGUUGGGCAUAGUAAGGCACACUUUUAAUCCUAGCACUUGGGUGACAGGAUCUCUGUGAAUUUGAGGUCAGCCAGGGCUACAUAGUGAGACCCUGUCUCAAUAAGAGGCCAAAUAAGAAAGCAAACCAGCCAACAUCUUGUUAACCUGUUCUCCACGCAGAAAGGGAAGAGAAGGGUGCCGGAACUCAGUGUCAACCUCAGUCCCUGCACCCUUGGCCUGGAGCUCUGCCUAGUCUGGGACUGCAGGUGGCCUCAAAUGCCAUUAGUACUUAUCUGGGCCUCCAGCCAAACCCAGUUGGCAUGGUCAACCCAGUCUCUCAAGAACAAUUUUGGGUCCACUUCCUGUGUAAUUACGGGGUGUGCAACCGAGAAAACACUAUUACUGCAGCAGAGUUAACCCAGAGUCGCCUUUGCAGCCCUGGACUCCCUCUGAGGGUGACUCGGGGGCACAGUUUCUGCUCCAGGGGUUGCCUAUGAAUAUCUCCACCCUGGUAGGUGGUGGGUUAAAAGCGUUGCCUUUUUCUGGAGAGAGUUCAUUUCACCUCUGAAAUUUCAGGUCUUACAAUGGAAGUUAUUUUCCAACUGCCUGUAAUGGCUUUGUGCUGACUAAAGUAUGAAGUGGGUGGUGAGUGUCCUGUGCACAAAGUGGUGCAAAUUGUCCCUGCAGCCUGCUCUGAAAGUGACAUUGUCUAGG